UGUCUCGCCCGUCGCGACCGAAAUCGCUAAUCUCCCGGAGUCAACUCAACAUUAUUCCACAAGCGCAUUAUACACUCAAAGAUAUUGUUAAGUGAAUAUAAAUUUUGUGUCGAUUUUUGGAUUAUAUAACGUUUUUUUUUAUUAUAACUCGACGAGUGUUAACGAUGCAAUUGAAUAAAUGUCAGUUCUUUUACUUUUACUUCUUCGCACUGACACAAACAACGUACUGUAUUCAUACGGAAGUGAAUAUUGAUAAGGUGGAUUAUUUCUGCGGUGACCGCUUGACUGGGAUGUUAUCACAUUAUUGCCAAAAGUAUUACUCGAGACGGACGAAACGAGAAAUCGCUACGGAGUGUUGUAAAGGACUUGGAUGCUCGAUACGUUAUGCGAUGGAGAAUUAUUGUCAAGAAGUCAAACCACAGUAUAAAUAUUUAUUUAAUAGAGCACCGAGUGAAACAAUAGAUUCUUCAGAAUCUCAAAAAUUACCUGAUAUUAUUCCAACAAAAGUACAACCGUCUCUACCACCACCCGACAAUCAUUCCAAAUUAAUAGACGCAAUCCGCAAAUCAAUACCGGAAGAAACACAAAUUUCCACCGGAAAUAAAAUGGACAGAGAUUCGAAAACACCGAAAACAAAUAGCAAACAAGUGCGUACGAAAAAAUCACGUAAACUUGAAUCAUUCGCAUCAAAAUCACAAAAAUCACGUCUAUUCAGACAUACUCGUAAUUAUCAGUUUGGCAGACAAUGCAAAUGUCAAUGCAGACGUAAUCGCCCUGAGCAGAUAAUCGACUCGAAACCAUCCAAACCGUUCCUGAGUAAAUCAUAUAUAGGCACUGAUCAUGUCCCACAUGGACCUCCAGUGAAUCAAAAAGCAAAACUAGCUUUUCUACCUUUUUAACUUUUAUUUGUUUUAAGAACAAAAAACAAACAAAAACGUAUUUUCUUCAGUAUUCCAGACUGGAAACGACUGCCGUUCUAAAAAAUGGUCUCAUUAUUACUCGUAGUACUCGUAUUAUUAUUUACGUAUUUAUUCUAGAGGUUAAGAAUAGAGGUUAGGAAAUGCAAAGGGUAGCAAUAAAUCAUAAACAAUUUUAAUAACAAAAUAAAACAAUUAAUUUGA